GGAACCGGUUGCAACCGGUUAUUCAUUCAUUCAUAGAAUUUCAUACACAUGUGUAUUCGAGACACAUUACUUACAAGGUCUCUUCAUCCCCUUGUGAUCAAAUCCUUACCUUCUUAGACACCAUCUUAACCAUGCCUGCAAGUAAAAUCUCGGUGAAUGUUUCUCAGGGCAUCGCUACGAUAACCUUGAACGAACCUCACCGUCUGAAUGCGCUGACAUCGGAAGACUAUGAUGAAUUUGCCAACUCAUUACGGGCCAUCGAUAAGAGAGAAGAUGUAGUAGCAACUGUAUGGCAAGCAAAUGGGAAGUGGUUCUGCGCUGGUACGGACGUGAAGCGACAAGGCACGAACCGUGACGUUCCGAAUCCUCCGACUCAACGCUCGAUGAGGGAUCAUCUUGUCCAUGGAGUGGUGGCUGCGAACACGGAUUGCACACACGCAAUCUAUAGUCACAGCAAAAUUCUCGUUGCGGCACUAAAUGGCCCGGUUAUGGGCAUAGCAGCUGCUUUCCUUGGCAACUUUGAUUUCAUAUACGCCGUACCAGGAGCUUGGUUGAACCUCGGCUUCCCAUUCCUGGGCAUUGCAGUGGAAGGAGGAGCUAGUGUUUCAUUUGUCAACCGCAUGGGAAUCGCCAAAGCAAACGAGGUCCUCAUUCUUAACAAGAAGAUUAGCGCGUCAGAGAUGCUUGAAUGUGGAUUCGUUAACAAGAUUUUUCCAUCGAAAUCAACAGAAGAAUUCCACUCUGCAGUUCACCAACAUCUGGAGAAGGAACUUGAUGGUCUAGUUCCUGCCUCUAUCUCCGCCAUCAAAACCCUCAUCAAAGCCGGUCUGAACGAUAAGAAUGACUUCCACGCCGUAAAUCUACGAGAGAGUUAUGCUCAAGCAGACAGAUUUAGUAGUGGAAUACCUGCUGAACGCUUCAGCAAAAUUGCCAAGAAAGAAAUCAGGCAUAAAUUGUGAUCUAUUGACCAGUGACCACGUGUAUACCUGGCUAUUUUAGUCGUAUACCCCUCCAGAAUUUGUACGCAAGGAAAUUACGAGAUGUAAUAUAUUAGCAUGACUUUUUCUCAUCUUUUGCAGUUAUUCCUGCUCUCGAGACUAUCAUGACCAACAGCCGCCUGAGUGGGUCUGCUACUGAGGACGUAGACGA